UUGAAUUUACAUACAGUAUAAAAUUCCACUGACUCUUCUGCAGACAUCACUGAUUAUCUGACUUUAAGAGUAACAAAACGUUGGAGGACAAUGUAAUUAGUUGCUUAUAGGAAUACAUGACUGGAGAUACAUUGUGUUAAUAUUAAGUUUUUUUUAUGUGUGUGUGUUAAUACUUACAUGCAAAAGGUUUAGAUUAAAGAUGAAUAUACCUAACAUAUUGGUAAUUAAUGGUAGCAACAUUUGCAUCAAAUACUAAAUUGGAUAAAAUGAAGAAAUAGUUAUUGUUUCAGAUAAAAAGAAGUCAGUAAAGAUUUUAUAGCGUUUGGAUAUGAAUAAACGUUCUGAUAAUUCGGUCAAUAAUGUGUCCAUAAGUCCAUUGCUACAAAUACUAACAAUGCAUGCAUCAUCUAUAUCUCAAACUGAUAACGAGACAACAUUUAACACAACACCGGAAGUAGAUAAAUUAUACGUAGCACCGACUGACAGUCCAGAUUAUUUCUUACGGAAAUAUUCCUUACCAGUGUUAUGUGCCAUAGGGUUUAUGGGAAAUAGCCUGUCUGCUGCCUUAUUUUUAGGGAAAACGUUACGAGGAUUUUCGUGUUGUAUUUUCUUAGGAGUCCGAUCCAUCACCGACAACGGGUUUCUGAUAACAUUACUAAUUGUAUGGCUGGAUUUUCUAGAUGUUCGUGUAUUUCACACUGUGGGAGUAUGUCAUAUAACAGUAUUUUUGUCGUAUGUUUGUAGUUUUUUAUCGGUUUGGUGUGUGGUGUGUGUGACUGUUGAAAACUAUGUACGAAUUUGUCAUCCUAUGUCGAUAAAACUUUAUUGUACAUCGAGAACAGCUGUUAUGAUCAUUUCUUUUCUAACGUUUGCAUCGUUGUGCAUUUAUAAUAUUCCCUUGUGGAGUAAUGAGAUAGUUGAUAUUUACGAUUUGAAUUAUUGCGUCACAAAGAGGACAUAUCAAGACCUUCAACUAGUUUUAACAUACAUAGAUACAGCCAUGACACUUAUUAUACCGUUAGUAGCAAUGGUAGUAUUAAUGGUUAUGAUACUAUUGAAGGGUAUGGAAGCGUCCAAAAGAAAACUACGCCUUGGUCAUCAUAGAAGUAAAAACAGAUUAGUGCCAUCAUAUGGAACAGUUGCAGGACUACUAACUGCCGUGUCAAUUACGUUUAUAUUUCUUCACACUCCUAUUCAUAUCUUUAAAUUGAAAGUAAUAAUCGAAACGGUUUCUGGAAAGUACAAGGUGGCGAGUCUUACAGAUCUUACCAUUGGGAAUGUAUUCCAAGUAAUGUAUUACUUGAACUCUUCGGUUAAUUUUCUGGUAUACUAUAUAUGUGGUAAAAAUUUUAGGCGAGUCUUUAAAGAAGUAUUAUGUAAAAAAGUUUCGUGCUGUGUAUGUCCCGAUGUAGAUGAUGAAGACAGACUGUCUGACGCAGGAACAACUGAACUCACAAUUAUAUUGGAGAAAAGUGAUGCAGGUUCCGAAAAAUCUCGGUGAAAAAGAGACUGAUCAUUAUAUCGGAGAAAAGUGAUGUAUGUUCUUAAAACCGCAAUGAAAAAGGGACUAUCCAUGGAGAAAACUGAAGCAGAUUCAGAAAAUUACGACAAAACCUUUACCUAUCAUUUUCGUUUUAGGAGAAAAAGUAAUUAAUCUUUACGUUUACACAGACCAAUAGAUUGAUCUAUCAUGUAAAUUUAACGAUUAUGAUUAACCGUGUGAAACUUUUACAACAACUGCUGUUUACAAGUAUAAACCUUUUCGAUAAAAAACAAAUCGCCACUAUAGUGCAAAAGGAAAACAGUAGAAUUGUGUUAUGUUCAAAUAACUACCCCAAUCACAAAGACACCUCAUUUGUUUCCAGCAUGUAUGUUCAAUUUUAUUUUGAACUGCUUAUAAAAAACACUAAGAGCAAAUAAUCAGUUGAAACAGAUUUUGAUGUUUGUGUCAAUUUGCCUCUCCCCUUUUGAGGUGCUUUUCAAAUAUUCUGAUAUCACUGAGGUGCGAGUUUAUUUUCUUACAAGUUUCUGUUUACCAUGAAUGGCAGACAAAAACAAUGAAAUAUCAUUUAUAACAGCCAAGUACUUAUAAAUAACAAUAAAUAAUGAUGAUAUAUAAAUCUGUAUGGAAUUGUUAAUUAGUCAGAUAAGUCACAAGGGAUCUAACAGAUUACAGACAGGAUGUUAGCUCAGUAUUUGAUAAACUAAAUAAAAGCUUAAUGUUUAUGUAUGUAUGAAGAAAUAUAACAUUCAAACUUGAUAUUCAGUAUGGUUCCUUUACUACUAAUGUACACAUUGUUAUUUAAGUUUGUGCUUAAAUAAACUUGAAGGACACUUGA